GGAUGUUUCUGUGGGCGGGUUUCUCUUCCGGGUGCACGUGCCGGGUAGCGGAGGUGCCUCACCUGAUUGGCUGCUUGCUUCCAGCGGGAAGAAGAGAUGGAGCUGCGGGCGGAAUUCACAGGCCGCGACGGGCAGAGGCAACCCUUGCGGGUUCGCUGCGAGCCCGAGGCGGAGCUGCGGGGCUUGUUGAGCGGCUUGGCCCAGCUGCGGGAACAAACGACUGCCUUGCUCAGCCGUCUGGUGCAGCAAGAGAGCGGUGGCGGCGGGGACCGCGUUGGGUCUGGAGGUGAUGAAGAGGAUGAAGAAGAAGAGGAUGAAGAUGAGGAAGAAAGUCACAUUAAUGCCAAAGCAUGUCCUGAUGGACCACCACUAAAACGGACAAAAACUCACUCCUGAUGGGAGUUGUAAACUUCUUUUGUAAGAAAUUUGAAUUUUAUCCCAUUGGCACUUUUUCUGAGCUGUUUUGAUAACUAAAAAUACAUUGGCCUUUUAAUUGUUUACUAAUACAAAAGGAAAGUUUGUUGUUCAUUUGUAAAUACUGUCUUGUAGAGAAUCAUUUGAAAUGUUCAACCAACUAAAUUAAAUGGCAUGCAUGAGA